AGCCUGUGGUCAUCCAGAGGUUGCUGGAUUACAGUUCCCAUAAUUGCUGAUCAUUGGCUAGCUGGGGCUAAUGUGAGAUGGAGCCCAGUACCCUCUAGAGGACCACAGCCCUGGGUUAUGUGACAAGCACUAGGUAAAAAAUGCUAGGUGGGAAACAUCAGUUGGCACCAAGAAGGUUAUGUGGCAGAGAGAUGAUUUUACUCAAAGUUGAUUUUGAAAUGGUCUGUCUUAUGCUGUUGGGCAAAAGGCACCAAGUACAAUCUUGAGAGAAAGUUCUAGCAGAGGGGAAAGGUUCCGUGACAGUUGAAAACCUUCAGUAGAGGGGGGAGGCAACAGACUGUUUACUAGAAGUAUCCAGAUCCAGUUGUUGAUCAUCCCCAUGUUACUCAAAAGUGCUUAAGCAAUUGAUCUUCUAUCCUGCACUUGCCUUGAUAUUGGGACAACUUGGUAAACCAUCACAACAGGUGAGAUGUCAGAAAAGCUGAACAGAUGCCGUAAGGAGCUAACUGCAGCUAUUGACAGAGCAGUGGAAGACCUCUUGGUUCCUUUCCCCCCCUCCCCAGAUUCCACCACUGAUCAGAACUUUGACUUGCAGACAGCACAGCCCUCUUCACCCCUAAAUGCAGAUCUCUUUAGUCAGAAGGGAGAACUUACUCUUUCAACUGUGUAUUGCCCCCCGUCAUCUUUACCAGUCUCUUCCACUCCUGAAAAGGAGAAUCCCCUCUUCAGGCCAAACUUAAUUCCAGUGACUACCGCUUCCAACAUUCCAUGUACAAAACGGGAACCCUUGACAAGCAAGGAAAACACAUGGCUACAUCCUCCCAUCUUCAUGGCUGACCGGCAGUUUUUCAUCAGCCCAGAAGACAGUGAGAGAUGGAGGAAAGGACAUCUAAGCAAACCUGAUGAAAGGCCUGUGAAGUCAGAAGGAAGUAUAAGUGCCACUGAUGUUCCUCCACAGAGCCCGAAAGAUUUUGCCAAUAUGAGUGAUAACCCAGCUAUUUGGCCAUCAGAGAGGAUGCACAGGAAAACUGACUUUGAGAAUGAACUUCAGCAGAUGUCUAGUCUCUCAAGUGAACUGUUUCCUCUAGAUGAGGCCUCAGCCUUGGAUCCGAGUGCACAGAUCGGUUUCAGAAAGGUCCUGGAGCAUACCUUAGAGGAUGAAGCAAUUAUUGAAACACUGCUGGAUAUGGAAGAGGAUUACAAACCAAACAGCUCCACCUUGCAGCAGCUGCAGUAGAAAGGCUGGUGUGAGGUGUGAGCUAUUUAAGAUUUGAUAAUUAAUGCUUCUGAACCAUGGAAACUUAGGCAAAUAAUCCUUUCUGUUGCAAGAUGCACUAUUAAAAUGAUUUACAAUA